UUUCAGUUCUAUUUGACGACCCCACGAAUAUUGGAGAAACUAUGAAGAGAUUCAAGAAAAUAUCCAAUGAUGAAGAAGUUUCUUCGUAUCGAGCUGUUUCAAAGGGUCAAGAGUUGAAAUGGGGUCUGGAUCCAAUGACACUCAGGGGUUUUAUAGUUGUUCUCUUGAUGGUUCUUACUGUUAUUUUCUCCAUUGCCUUCAUUUUCGGGGACUUGCCUUCUGAUUGCUUGUGGACUUUUGGUGAAGCAAGAUUUUUUGAUAUUAAACCUUCAAAAGUUUCUGAUGAGAAUAUUCUGACAGUGCCAAAAGACAAACUACUAGGUGGCCUUCUUCCUUCUGGUUUUGAUGAAACAUCUUGUCGGAGUAGGUAUGAAUCACUCCUAUACAACAAACGUCUGCAGCAUAAGCCGUCCUCUUAUCUUAUCUCAGCGUUAAGAAGAUACGAAGCUCUUCACAAGCAAUGCGGACCUUAUACAGAAUUAUAUAACAGAACAGUCGACCUUAUAAAGUCCGGUGAAUACAGUAGUGCAUCUUCAGUUUGUAAUUAUGUAGUUUGGAUAUCGUUUAGUGGUUUAGGGAACAGGAUACUAACCUUAACUUCUGCUUUCCUUUAUGCUCUUCUCACAAAUAGAGUCCUUCUUGUUGAUCCCAGAGUUAACUUACCUGACCUGUUCUGUGAACCUUUUCCUGAAGUUUCUUGGUUACUUCCUCCAGAUUUUCCAAUAAUUGAUAAGUUUAGUAGUUUUAAUCAGAAGUCUCAACAUUCUUAUGGUUAUAUGGUGAGAAAUAAUGUCAUAGGAAAUUCAAGAAUACCUUCAUUCCUCUACCUUCAUUUAAAUCAUGACUUUGAUGAGCAAGACAAAUUAUUUUUCUGUGACACUGACCAAACUUUUCUCCAAAAAGUCCCUUGGCUAUUUGUGAAGUCAAAUACCUAUUAUGUGCCGGCUCUUUUCUUGAUCCCAUCUUUUGAGAAAGAGCUAAACAAUCUUUUUCCAGAGAAAGAAACUGUUUUCCAAUUUUUGGGCAAGUACCUUUUUCAUCCCACAAAUUCUGUAUGGGGACUUAUUACUAGGUACUAUCAAGCUUACUUAGCCCAAGCAGAUGAAAAAAUAGGCAUUCAAAUUAGAGUUUUUGAUUUUGGUGUAGGUUAUUUAAAAUUUGUAUUGGAUCAAAUCUUAGAUUGUACAACAAAGGAGAAUCUAUUGCCACCGGUUAACCUGAAUGAGCCUAUAGUCAAUUCGUCUGGCAAGACGAAGACUACAAGUGUAUUGGUGACAUCGCUAAAUUCACGAUAUUUCGAGGAGAUUAGGAACAUAUAUUGGGAGAAUCCUACUGUGACAGGAGAAAUUGUUAGUGUUUUCCAGCCAAGUCAUGAAGAGCGUCAACAAACUGAGAAGCUGAUGCAUGACAGAAAGGCAUGGGCAGAAAUGUAUUUGCUGAGUUUAACUGAUAAGUUGGUUACAAGUGCAUGGUCUACUUUUGGAUAUGUGGCUCAGGGUCUUGGAGGUUUGAAGCCAUGGAUUUUGUAUAAGUUUGAGAAUGGGACAAUCCAUAAUCCGCCUUGUUUUCGAGCUGUGUCGUUGGAGCCAUGUUAUCAUUCUCCUCCGUACUACGAUUGCAAGAAAAAAAAAAGAAGUUAUAACGCAGUUAACAUUGUUCCUCAUGUGAAACAUUGUGAGGAUAAUAGCUGGGGUUUCAAGUUAUUUGAUCGGAAUGGUGAAUUGUAACCAUGCAAUUAUAACUAUGGAGGUUAAUAACACAUUAGA